CGUAACCGUCAAUAAAAUAAACUCCCGUCUCUGAUUGGCUGGAUCCUCGUGGGGGCGGUCUGAAACCUUCGGUUGACGUUGUUGUUGUAAGUGGUGGAGAAAUUACUUUGUCGCUGGUGGUCCGGUUUGGGAUUUUACGCUCAGUUCUCCCCAUGAAGACGCUAAAAAGUUAGAAGUCGUUGGUAUUGGAAAAGUAUAUGCUACUCACAAGUUGGCACUUGCUGGAAAACUGAAUGGGACGAUGAAAACAACAUCUGCGAGGCCGCUAAAGGUGUGGCUGGUAGACUAGCUGAAGGUAGAGGGCGGCUCCACCUUAUCCCUUCCCCUUGCGGUCCUAUCGGGGAGAGCAGGGUACACCUUUUGUUUUUGUUUUGUUUUUUUUAUGCCUGGAUGCAACCCGCCAACUUGUGAAUUCAUGAUCACAUGACCGUGGAUAUGGACGCAGUCCUGUCCGACUUUGUCCGUUCCACUGGAGCUGAACCGGGAUUGGCCAGAGAUCUGCUAGAGGGCAAGAACUGGGACUUUACUGCCGCCCUCAGUGACUUUGAGCAGCUGCGACAGGUGCAUGCUGGGAACCUGCCGUAUUCGUUCACAGAAGAGCGGACGUAUCUGCCCCCUGAGAAGGAGAUGGCCCGGGUAGGACGGCCUAUACUCCACCGCCAAGAUGAGGUGGUGCAAGCUACAGAGAAGCGUCUUUCGAGGGGCAUUUCUCAUGCCAGUUCCACCAUCGUUUCUCUGGCACGCUCUCACGUCUCGAGCACUGGGGGUAGCAGCAAUGAGCCUCUUCUGGACACGCCCUUGUGCACUUUCCAGCUGCCGGACCUCACUGUGUACCGGGACGACUUCCGGAGCUUCAUUGAGAGGGACCUUAUUGAGCAGUCCAUGAUGGUGGCCUUGGAGCAUGCUGGGCGGCUGAACUGGUGGACAAAAGUGGUUCCAAACUGCCAGAGUCUGCUGCCUCUGGCAACAAGUGGAGAUGGAAAUUGCCUGCUGCAUGCAGCCUCGCUCGGUAUGUGGGGCUUUCACGACCGAGACUUGAUGCUGCGGAAGUCCCUGUACGCGCUGAUGGAUCACGGGCUGGAGAGGGAGGCGCUGAAGCGCAGGUGGAGGUGGCAGCAGACCCAGCAGAACAAAGAGUCUGGGCUGGUGUACACGGAGGAGGAGUGGCAGAAAGAGUGGAACGAACUGUUAAAGCUCGCCUCCAGUGAGCCGAGGAUACACUACAGCACCAACGGCACCAACGGGGCGGAGUCUUCAGACGAGCCAGUUUAUGAGAGUUUGGAGGAGUUUCACGUCUUUGUCUUGGCUCACGUCCUUCGAAGGCCCAUCGUGGUGGUCGCUGACACCAUGCUGAGGGACUCGGGAGGAGAGGCCUUUGCUCCCAUCCCGUUCGGAGGCAUCUACCUACCGCUGGAAGUGCCAGCUGCCAAGUGCCAUCGCUCUCCGCUGGUCCUGGCAUACGAUCAGGCGCACUUCUCUGCUCUGGUCUCCAUGGAACAGAAGGACAGCUCCAAAGAGCAAGCAGUUGUGAUCCCUCUCACUGACUCGGAGCACAAAAUGCUGCCGCUGCACUUUGCUGUGGAUCCCGGGAAGGACUGGGAAUGGGGGAAAGAUGACACUGACAACGUGAUGCUGGCAAGUGUGGCUCUGUCUUUGGAGGCUAAGCUCCAGAUGUUGCACAGCUACAUGACGGUCACCUGGCUGCCCCUGCCCUGUGAGCAAGCCCCGCUCGCCCAGCCGGAGUCUCCCACAGCAUCAGCAGGAGAGGACGCCCGGUCGCCUCCUGACUCCGGAGAAUCAGACAAGGAGUCGGUCAGCAGCAGCUCCAACGGCAACGGAGACACAACCACAGGAUCAACGGUCAAUGGAGGCGGAUCUUUGGCCAAGAACAGCUCCUCCUCUUCAUCUAGUUCGUCGAGCAGUGGAUCAGCGGGGAAGGACAAAACCAAGAAGGAGAAGGACAAGGAUAAAGACAAGAAGAGGGCAGACUCUGUGGCCAAUAAGCUUGGCAGUUUUGGAAAAAGCCUGGGCAGCAAGUUGAAGAAAAACGUGGGUGGGCUGAUGCCAGGAAAGAAUGCAGGAGCUGGAGGUGCCAAGCAGGAGGGUGGGGAGAAGAAGAAGGGCUCAUUUAGAGGGAGGAAGGGCAGCAAGGACAGCUCGCCUUCAGCCCACGCCUCUGAGGAUUCUGGCAAAGGCUCUCCCUCCUCGUGCAGCGAGCGUCUCAAUGGGGCGGGGAGCAGCAUGAGCAGCAGCGGCGGGAGCAGCACUGAGAGCGAACCCUACAAGUACAGCGCCGAUGUAAAGGUCAGCCUGGGCAUCCUGCGGGCUGCCAUGCAAGGUGAGAGGAAGUUCAUCUUUGCCAGCCUCCUCACCACCAGCAACAGGCAGCCUUUCCAGGAGGAGAUGAUCCAGCGCUACCUUGCCGAUGCAGAGGAGCGCUUCCGGUCUGAGCAGGAACAACAGCGCCGCGACGCAGAGAGGAAGAGCAUCGCUAACAGCAUCCAAGCACCCAAGAAGGAGGUGAUUGGUUGUACAGAGCUAAGUUACCGGCCUUACGAGGCCAAAGAGGAGCUGUCGGAGAACUCGUCGCCUUCCUUCAACACACUCAAGCUGUCUCCUUUGAGUCCCUCUAUGUACUCUGCUGUUGUUCCCAUCCCCCGGCCCUCCUUCAUAGAUCAGCCUCCUGCAGCCCCCCUGACCCAGCAUCUUCACAUGCAUAGCUACUUGGAUACUCGACGCCAGGUAGCUGGAGGCUCCUCAGCAACUUCUUACCCCGGCCUCCCCUCGUACGCGACCCUCCCCCGGCACUGUCCCACAGCACAGCCUCCCUCCCAUCCCCAGUACAAUAACUCACAAGGCCCCUCCUCCCUGAGUCCUUCUCGCCUUGUACCCUCAUAUCCCCUCGAAUUCGACCCACCGGACUACCCCGGGGCUGAACUCAUCAGUGGGAGCUACACCAACGGCUACCGGGACAUGAGCUCCAAUCUAGACUCUCGGAGUGCUCAACCCCCAGUCAGACACUACUCACUGGGCAGCGCCAGUGGAUUGGCCGGCCUGCAGUCCAGUCGCUGUCGGACACCCAACUGCAACUACUACGGACACCCCGAGACGGGCAACUACUGCUCCUACUGUUACCGGGAAGAGCUGAAGAAGAGGGAGACAGAACCGGUCCUCCACAGGUUCUAAGCAGACCUCGUAAUGGUUUGAACUUUGAUGAGUGGCCUUUUUAACGACCGGAGCAGAUCAGCCUCUGGAUGGACGGGGGCAAAGGCAACCAUCUCCCUCCCCUUUUAUUCUUAGCCGUGUCAUUACCUGUUGAAAGUGAGGCUGCGUAACUACAGGAUAAGCAGGGCGGUCUUUGACUGCCAGGUCACAUUAGACCAGAGAAUAAACUGCACUUCUGUUACAUUUUGCUGUGGCUCUUAUGCAGGAGGUGUGUGUGUGUGUGUGUGUGUGUGUGUGUGUGUGUGUGUGUGUGUGUGUGUGUGUGUGUGUGUGUGUGUGUGUGUGUGUGUGUGUGUGUGUGUGUGUGUGUGUGAGACAACUACAGGCUCUCCUUGUUUCUUGGAGUUGAAGGCCUUGCUACUAUCUCCUCCUGGUGGAGCGAAUGUAUAUGGCAGGCAUCGUACGUAACACUCAUCAACACAUGUACAGAACAUGCAUACACACCAAGUCAGGCUUACACUACGACAUAAACAGAGAUGCAAGCACAAACAGAAGGUGUGGGUGUGUCUCCUCAUUUGUACUCUGUGAUGUUUGAUUGGUUCAUUAAGGGAUGUUUGAAGUCACAUCUGGUUAUGAGGUGAUUUCAGUGUUACAGAUAUAAACACUAUUAUUACGAGAUGCUUGUACCUCGGGAAACAGCACAAUUAAUCCUCGUCAAAUUGCUUCUUUUGUUGCAUAAAAUGCACACUGAAACUGCCGCGCGAGGCUCACGAUAAGCGCUCUGUAGGCUGCUGCGGUGCUAAUGUUACAGAGCGCGUUCACGGUGACUCCUUCAGGCAGAGCAACUUUUAAAAAAUCAGCAUUUUUGUCCAGUUCUGUAACUUGGAUUAUGAAGAUGUCAGCUUUUCCCCCUUUUUAUUAUUUAAAGAUUAAGAGCUGUUGACCAGGUCACACGAUUGACCAGGCGUGAUAGAACAAAGAGAACGUAGGAGGUAGUACGACGGUGAGGUACUGUCCCAGUGUUUCAUACAUGGGUCUCUUUUUGUAUUCGGGUCUUCCUGUUUCCUGUUACUGCGGUUGGUGUUAGUGGGCCUGGGGAUGCAAUAAUGUGUAAUAUAUGAGAUGAAACUUCACAUUCAGCACAGCAGACUUUGGAGAUAACGGUUAAUAAGAUAAAUUAGUUAAACGUUAGUACCACAUGUGUCCAAACAUGUUGCAUGAAGCAGCGAUGAUUUCUGUCUCCGUGAUGCAAACUGACACGUGCACGCUGCUGGAUGUGAGAAACUGACCCUGUAUUAACAAAAUCUGGUUACUUUUUUUUUAUUAUUAUAAAAUUUGCCCUCUGUACGCCGAUGGUUUAGAAACAAAACAUGUUUGAUACAAUCUCACCUGAAGCUUUCAUCAUGGGAGGUGUUCGGAUUAAUUAGCUGCAGGUUCAGAAGCUCUGCUGCAGGUUUUCUCUUCGUUUCUGCCCCUGUCUGUCAAAGUCGUGGUUUUUGCACAAAUCUGAGCACUUUCCUGAUGUCUGUGACUUCAGAGCGUUGCUGGCUUUUAGUUGGUCAUCACUGCAGACACUGCCACCUCCGUUUCUGGGAAAUCAGAAGGUUUCUUUCCAGGAUGCAGGAGAACUCCAGCGUUUCGGUGCCGGUGUCUCCGUCUGUCCUUGUUGCCUUUUUCAGCGUUUGUCUGCAUACAAAGCGGCAGACAUCAAACCUGCUGCUUCCACAAGACUGCUGUCCCCAAAACCUGUUUCAUAUUGAGUCUGCUGAAAUGUUCAGUUUGACUCUUAUUUCAUUUUAGUUGUUGGCUAAUUAAUUUCUCAUAUUUGUUAUUUUUCCCCUAUAAUUAAACCGUGAAGGUGAAUUUGGUUUGAGCGAGCGGCUCUGGUUGCUGCUCUUAUUGAGUCGGUAUUUUCUUUGGCAUUGGGCUCUUUUUCAGACACAGGAUACGUGACAUCGCUUCAUUAUAGCUCCAUUACUGUGUACGUCCAUAUGUGCAAAAAUACUUAUUAACGUCAAUUCCAGAUGUUUAAUUUGCAUUUAAUUCUUUCCAGCAUUGUCAGUCAGGGCAGGCGUGUGCACUCUGACCCUCCACGUCGGGGUCAGAGAAAGAGAUCGCCGUCUUGGUUUGAGAAGAGCAAAAAGUAUCCGAGUGCAGGAAACUUAAGUAACAGUUGGUGAGAUAACGUCUCAUCUCUACCUGUAAUUUCUGUUUAGGAUUUUGUGCAGUGAGCUGAGCUGCGACGCGUCCGUGUUACUCAUGAGUACAGCUCCCACAUUUCUCACUAACCUAAAAUGAGCUGCUUUAAAGGCAGGAGCGGAUAAUCUCACCACGGCCUCCAUGACCUGCAGAAACGGCCCACGGGCCUCGAAGAGCUGUCGUGACUUUGACAGAAAAGUGAGCGGGGGGUGUCUAAAAGGGGGCUUCAGAAAAAGCACAAUUCACUCUGCAAUACACUGCCUCUUCCAGCCGAGGGCGCCCCUGUUCUUCUGUCGUCCUCCCAAACUGCAAACACACCAACAAAAUGAUUUUGAAUAACUUCAUUCGACUCCGUGUAACACAGCAUUUCAAGCACGGAGGGAUUUCCUCCUGUUUUCGGCGCUUUAACCGCAUUUAAACGCUGCCGUGUCGCCCGCUCCUAAAACACGUUUGCUGUGUUUGUGUUCAUGAAUGUUUGAGUUCAGCUGAGGCCCAGCAGGAGUUUCCUGAGUGUGGGAAGGUGAUGCCUGUUUAUGUUUAUGAAUGUGUGCUUUCCCGCCCUCCGCAGUAAUAAUUGGCUUAAAAACCUUUUUUAUUUGAUUUUUUUUUUUUUUUUUCCCCCAUUGAAAUUGAUGCCUCAGAAACAUGUAAGACAUCAGACUUUACAGGCUACGAACACUUUUUUGUAUUGUAAAAAAACAGAAACAAAAAACAGUGAGAGGUUGUAUAAAUAUGUUUGGAGUUAUUUUUGUAAGCCCAAAGCUUUCCGGUGUUUUUAAAGGGGAAGAAUGUAUAUUGUUGGUCUGAUUUGGGGCACGGUUGGCGUUACGUAGAAAGACACUUUGGUGACCCCGCAGAUGAGCCUUCUCAUACUCGAGGCUCUCUCAUUGCAAACUAAUUUCCUCAGUGCUGACCUAAUAAUUUGAGAGUAUAUAUUUAUAGUGAGAUUUUUUUAAAUAGGUUUCCUUGUGGAAUGUUUAGUUGAGAUGACUUUAGGAUGUUCUUUCUCACAUGGCUAAUUGUCUCGCAGUCUGGCUUUUUAUUGCUUUUAUUUUGGUAAAUUUCGUUUGGGUGACCCGCGCCGUGCUGACACGUGACCCAGCUCGUUCCCUCCAAACCGGAAGAGAAAUGGCUCAGAUUCGUUUUGUGACAAAACCGACCCGAUUUAUAUUUUUCUAUAUCGUACGACUCGGUCAUUUCUGUGGGAACACACGAUUCCUUCUCAGUGACAUUAACGUGGGGUCCUUUCAGGUGCAUGGGACUAGAAAUAUUGCAUGUAAAUGGCAAACAUUCUACCAAAUCUGUGCAUUAUUUGAACUUGAUUUCAGCUGUCCUGGUAUUUUAUUUGGUUUUUAUUUUUUAUCUACUAAACAUUUUACUUUUGUUUAGAGAGAAGAGGCCUAAGGCUGUGUGACAGUGCAAUCUGGACAGAAAGAACAUCAGAUUUUAUGUUAGGUUAUUAUUAUAAUUAAUAAUUUUUUGCACCGUUUGAAUAAAUUCUCAUUGUAUUACAAGAAAGCUCUCUUUGUUUUUCAUCAACAGCUUCUUUUGUAAAAAUGUGUUUUCUUCAGUUGUUGAAGCUGCAGCCACAAAAUUACUGAUAUGAAAUGAAUCCAGAAAAAU